AUGUUUCAGUUGAUCCUCGCGAUAUGCGCGUGCGCACACGCGCAGUACGCCGAGGACAGAGCUCCGAGAUACAUCGCCUCGGAGAAUAAAGUAGCGCCGACACCAGUGCCUAUACUCAAACAAAUCAAUAGGCACAACGAAGACGGCUCCUACACGUAUGGUUAUGAAGCUGCCGACGGAUCCUUCAAGAUCGAGACCAAGUCACCCGCCGGGGAAGUUAAGGGAAAGUACGGCUACAAGGAUGACACUGGCAAAGUACGUGUAAUCGAGUAUGGAGCCAACAAAUAUGGUUUCCAGCCAGCAGGAGAAGGAAUUACCGUCGCUCCUCCGACCCUGGUUGAUGAGUCCACCAGGGAUGAGGGUUUGAGACCUGGCAAAGGGCAACAAGGAGGCAGAUCUCAAUACCGUGAAACAGAUUACGAUUAUGAGGAGCCAGCUCCUCGGCCAGCUCCCCGGCCCGCGCCUCGCCCGUCACCUCAACCGCAGCAGUACAGGCCACCACCACCUCAACCUCAACAACAGUACAGGCCACCACCUCAACCUCAACAACAGUAUAGACCAGCUCCUCAAUCAGCUCCAGCUCCUCCCAGGCCUGCAUUCUUCGCUGGAGCGUCACCGGCUCCGGCAGAGGACAACUUCUUCAGCCCUGAGCCUCAACCGAAGUACAGACCACAGCCCAAACAAGAUUUCAGACCAGCUCCUCAGCCACAACACUUCGCCCCGAAGCAGACUCAAGUGGAUUUCAACCAGGAUUUCAACGGUCCUCCACGUUUCCCCCAAAAUAACCAGAUACAGCCCCAACGAAGCCAGUCCUUCUCCAUGCUGGACCAACUCCUGAAGGAGUACGCUCUUCCCCAGGGAGGUUCUGCCCCCCUCCACGACAUCACAUUCGGUUCAUACUAG